GUUUCUAAUAUAUAUAUAUAUAUAUUAAUAAAUAAUAAAAUCAUAAGAUAGCAGUAAAAUAGCUUCUUUUACCUAUCAAAUUUAUUAAAUACUCUACAAUGCCUGUCAUGGAUUCUACCCCCUCCCAAACCUCGGUUUACUCAACCGGAAAGGCUGGCUAUUCGACCAUUGCCAAAAAGCCCCAGCAUUUCCUCAGCACUGCCGAUUUCACUGCCGAGCAGUUGUAUGAACUUGUUCGCAGAGCCAUCAACUUCAAAGUAGAAGCCAAAUACGAGACCAGCAAGACACCAGAACGUCCUUUGACUGGAAAGACUCUUGCUUUGAUUUUCUCCAAGCGUUCUACCAGAACCAGAGUAGCUACUGAGUCCUCAAUGGCAUAUUUGGGCGGCCAUGCCAUGUUCUUGGGCGGUCAGGACAUCCAGCUUGGUGUAAACGAGUCUCUUCUCGACACCUCCCGUGUAGUCAGCUCUAUGGUCGACGGUAUCAUGGCUCGUGUCAACGGCCACGAAGAAAUCGAAUUGCUUGCCCAGGAGUCAACUGUUCCAAUUAUCAAUGCCUUGUCUGCAAAGUACCACCCCACCCAGAUCUUGGCUGAUUUGAUGACCUUGCACGAGCAUGUUCACCAUCGCAAGUCUGGUGCCAAGGACCAGUACACCGCCCACCUCCAGCACCCCAGAGAGACCUUGCCCGGUCUCCGUGUCGCAUGGGUUGGCGAUGCCAACAACAUUCUCCAGGAGAUCUUGGUCGCAUUCCCCAAGCUCGGCAUUAGCGUUGCCUCUGCCUGCCCCAAGGGCUACACCUGUGACGAAGAUGUUCUUGCUAUUGCAAAGGCCGAUGCCAAGAAGUCCGGAGCCGAGCUCCUCUUCACAACCGAUCCUUUGGAGGCUGUCAAGAAUGCUGAUGUUAUUAUUACCGACACAUGGAUCAGCAUGGGUCAGGAAGAUGAGAAGGCUCAGAGAUUGAGAGAGUUUGAGGGUUACCAGGUCACUAUGGAAAUGGCAAACAAGGCUGGAGCAAAGCCUGACUGGUCAUUUAUGCACUGCUUGCCCCGUAAGCAGGAAGAAGUAGACGAUGAGGUCUUUUACUCCGAAAGAUCUCUUGUCUUCCCAGAAGCCGAGAACAGAAAGUGGACCAUCCUUUCGGUCAUUGAUACCUUUAUGGUUAAGGGUGGUUUCUAAAGAAGCAAAUUAUUCCAUGAUAGAUAAUGUGGUGUAUUAAACACCACACCUGUAAUUUUUUUUGAAGUAUUAUGAAAACUCAUACUGUAGAUAGAAUUUGAUUCAUUCAAAAACUCGUUAAAUAAAUAAAUAAAAUAUAUAUCUAAAAGU